AGCAAUGAUGGAGGCAAUUUGAUAAACCUUAACUUUAUGAGCUGAUCUAACACAUGUAAACAACAAAGGAACUGAUUGGUUUUAUUGUGAAAUAAUUUCUGUACUGGGUAGUUGAUUUGUCAGAAAUUACCUGAAGCAAUGGCGCCAUUAAAUUGGCCAACCAUUGAAGCUGUAAAUGCCAAGUCACUGUCAGAAGAGCAAGCUGAUGAACUGUUUGGAACACUUAAAGAUGGCAAAGUUGGGGAUGACUUUGACACAGUUAAGCUGAAAAAAUUAUUUGAAGUUUGCCAAGCUGUGAUGGUAAACAGAAAUCAAUUGUUAGAAGAUGCCAUGACUGAAGCAGAACUUGAAGCCAAAAAAGCCAUGAAAAAAGAGCAAGAGUUAAAGAAAGAAAUUGAACGAGCUAAAAAAGAGUUAGAAGAAAUCAAGAAACAUGGCCCUAGUGAAGGUGGCUCCAAAGACACGCGCUAUCUCAGAGGCCAGCUUCAGGAUUUGGAAGAAAUGAAUGACAAGCUAAAACUGGAGAUCAAAGAUUUAAACAGGGAUUUGAAUAGUGAGAAGAGAGCUGCAGAAAAGUAUAGUGAAAGAAUCAAUGAACUGGAAAAAGAACUAAAGGAGACAAGAGAAGAUAAUGAUCAGAUGAGGCAAGACAUUAGUGACUACAAGAUGCAGAUGCAAUCUCAAAGAGACAACAUUGUUUCCAGAAGAGGGGAAGAUGCUGAGUUCAAAGAAAAACUGGCCAAGAAGAACAGAGAGUUGGCAGAAACAAUGGAAGAGUUACAGAACAUGACAGAUGCCAAUGACUUGCUUCAGAAAAGAUGUGAGGACCUUCAAAGAAAUUUGGAAGAAGCCAUCACACAGAUGGACAGGACUUCAGAAGACUAUCUUAAGCUAAAAAAUGUUCUACAACAAAGUGAUGCUGUGACAGAUGCUCUGCGGGAAGAAAAUGAACUCCUUAAGAACCAAGUUCAAGAUCUCUCAGAACAAGUUCGUUCUAAAGGUGAAGCUGAUGAUGCAAUUAUGGUGGCAGUGAAUCAAAAAGUAGAUGAAUGGCAGGAAAUAAUGCAAGAGAAAGAUAUUCAAAUGGUCAACCUGCAAGAUGAGAUUUUCAAGUUGAAAAGUCAGCUGAUAGCUGCGAACAUGGACUCAGAUAAAGCUUCCGUCUCUGCGCUUAGUGAGGUAUUGAAAGAUAAAGAUAAGCAAAUAGCUGAGCUGACAGAGAAAGUGGACCAAUACACCAUUGAGAUGGAGAAGAAUGCUGCAUUGAUUGAAGACUUAAACAAUGAAUUGCAUAAAGCUGGCUCAUCUCAAGGGGACAGAAUGCAAACAAAAGUCAGAGAGUUCCAAAAUGAAAACAAACUCUUACGAGAGCGACUCCAACAGGCAGAAGCAGAGAAUAAAAAGGCUGACCAAGACUGCAGAGUAAAAGACAAAGAACUGAGUGAGCUGUUAGAGAGAAUGAGACAGUAUGAGGCUGGAGAGUAUGGUUUAGCAGAGGCUGUGAAUGAAAUUAAAGAAGGAAAAAAUCAAGUCAAAAUCAGAGAAAGAGAGAUUGAAGAGCUAACUCAGUACAUCAACAAAGCUGAACUGAAGAUCAAUGAACUGCUGGAUGAGAAUGAAGAACUCCGAUACAAACUUGGCAUGGACCCCAAGGCUCCAAUGGACUUGACAGAGUUUAGAAAGAACAAAGCAAUCAGGCAGGAGGAAAUGAAAGCCUUGAACUUUACUCUCCAGAGAGAGAUUGAAAUGUUAGAAGAAGAAAGAGUAGCAGAUAAAAAGAAGAUUCGAAAACUAGCUCAACAGCUUGGUCAGAGGGCUGUGGCUCUUGGUCUCACUGCAGAGGAUAUGUUGGCUGUGCAGGACUACACAGAAACUCUCAAAGCUAAAAGGCAAGUUCAAGACGAGCAGCAGUCAGCAGCAGUUAUCAUUAGACAACAAGUGCAGAAAGAAGAGAGUAUGAUAAGGGGUAAAGAAUGGGACAAAGAUUACAAAGAAAAUGUUGCUGAGCUUCACAAGCUGGAGGUCCAAGUGGCAGAGCUGAGAGCUCAGAACCAACAGUUGAACAAAGACAAUGAAAAUCUGGAAGCAGGGUUUAAAGAGGUCAUGCAGGCUCUGCAGAAGGGAGCAACAGAAAGUCAAGGUGAUGUUGAUAGUUCAGCUCCAGUCAUGCAGUUCCCAGCUAUUGAAAGAAUGUUGGCUGCUAUAGAAGCCAAGAAAGUGCUGGGCAACUAUGACACUACUUACUUUUUAAAAGAACAGAUGGAUAUAUUAAAGGGACGUAAUGAGGAACUGAGAAAUACUUUGCGUGAGAUCAGGGUGGAGGUCACUAAAACAUCCUUGGAGAGAGAUAAAGCUUUUGAGAAGAUUGAAAAAUUAGAAAAAGAUCACUUCAUGUUCAGUGAGGCUGGAGCUGGUCCAGGGAUGUUUCAGUUUAUGAAACUCCCUGAAGGUAUGGCCCCGUCGAGCUCAGAAGUGAUUGCUCACCUUAAUGAGCAUCUAAUCAUAACCCUUCAGGAGCUGUCUCAGAGAGAAGGUGUAAUGAAGAAAACAGAAGCUGCCUUUGAGAAUUACAAAAGAAAGUAUGCAGUUCUUCGACACCAACAAGGAAUGUUAUACCAGGAAUAUUUGAAAGAAAAAUCUGUCUGGCAAGAAGAUAUGGAGAAAUAUUCUAAGCAAUUGAAAGAACUUCAGGGUCAAAGAGAAGAAGAUUUAGUCCGCAUUCAAGAAUUUGAUCGUUUAGUUGAUACUCUCAGCACAGAUGAUGUCGAAGUCAGGAGAAGAUUAUCUGAGAUGACUCGUAGGAUCACUGUCCUGAGAGUCAAUGAGAAAGCUCUAACUAGAAGGCAUGCCAUCAUGGAAGAAAUAGAAACACAGUUGCGAAGGGAAGUGGAACGUCAACGCAAUGAAAUGGGUCAAAUGGAAGCAGCUGUGUCUGAAAGAAUUGGUUACCUUCAGAGAUAUAAAGAUAUGGCUGCCUUCAAGAUUGCUGCCCUACAAAAGGCACUGGAGGACUCUGUGCCCUCAGCUGACCUUGAGAAGGUCAACAAACAGUACCACAACCUGACUGAGAAGUACAGAGACAUGCUGGAGAAAGGCAACACACUUGUCUCAAAAGCAGAGGCUUUGGAGGGACUGGAAGGAGAAAUCAAACAGCUAACUGCAGAUAAUGAAGUCUUGAAGAAAACUUUAGAGAUGGAAAAGGAGAAACUUCAUGCAUUAGAAGCAGCCAUGGAAGAACUCCACAGAAGAGGUGUAGCCUCUGGUUCUGAAGUGAGUGUGACAGACGGUGACAUUAUCUCCAUCUCCAAGAAGAUCACAAUGCUUGAGAUGAAGGAGUUAAAUGAACGUCAGAGAGCUGAGCACGCCUCACACAUGUACCAGCAGCAGCAUCAGAUCCUGCAUGAGAUGGAGAGCAGGAAUAAAGAGUUGGAGGAGAAAUUUGCUGAGGUAACCAAGAUGAAUCUUGAAAUGCAAAAGAUUGAACGAGAUAUGAGAGAUGAAUUAAGCAACUCUGUAACAAAAAGUAUCAGUGAUGCAGACAGAAAAAGAAUUUCUGUGCUAGAAGAAACAGAGCUAACCCUGAAACAAGAAAUCUCUAAAUUGAAGGAAAUGGCUGAGAUAGCCUCCACCCAAGUUAGAACUCUAGAAACUCAGCAUAUUGCCAGAGAGAAAGAAUAUCAAUCUCUGCGACAGCAACUCUUGGAUUUUCAAGUUCAGAGUGAUGAGAAGACAAUUAUAGGUAAACUUCAUCGCCACAUUGUCCAGCUUCAGGUUAGUGAAGGGUCUGCAAUAAAACGCUUGGAGGAAGCCCAGAAGAAAGUGACCAAAUUGGAGGCCCAAAUGUUACGGCAGGAGCAGAGGGUAGAUGAAAAAGACCAGACUAUCUACCACACCAGGCAGGAAGCACAGGGCAAGGCCAGAUACCUCAGGAAAUCUUUACAAGAGCUCCGUAUACAAUUCGCUGGAGCAGUGCCAUUGUCUAAACAGGAGAAAUUCUCUCGUUCAAUGAUGCAGUUACAGCAAGAUAAAGCUAAGCUUGAAAAAGACUUGAAAGAGACACGUGAGCAUAAGAAUGAGAUGGAAGACAAGCUGGCAGCUUUGUCUCUCCAACAAAACAGCUUACAAGAACUGAUAGCGGUUCUCAAAGAUGGCAGAGGGGCUCAGAAAGUAGCAGAGUGGCAUUCCAAAAUUGAUGGUAUAAGGCUGGAUGAGUUAAAACAGAGACGAAUGUGUGCCAAGCUACAGCAGAAAGUGAGAUAUUUGGAAGAAAUUAUUACAUCUCAUGAAGUGACAAUCUCAGAAUUGGAAGCUGACAAUGUUAGAAUGAUGAAGGAUUAUGAAGAGAAACAGAUGAGGUGGGAGCUGAGAGAGACAGAGCUGGAGAGAACAAUCAUCACUAUGGAGAAACAUACAGCAGAAAUAGCUGGAGCUGCAUCGAAAUUUGAGCUAGCUGUAGGUUCAUUGCCUAGUGCCAAACUUCCUGUGGCCAAUCAACUUGAACAAGCAAUAUCAACUAUUAAAGGAAAUGUCAAGGUCAUCCUGGACACACAGGCAGAAAAUAAGUCUCUGAAAGCUAGAAACCAAGAGCUGGAAAAGCUACUGCGUGACUCAGAGCGUGGCAUUCUGGAGAGAGAUAAACUCAUCUCUGAGUUGAGACUUCGCAUGCCAGCAACUGCUGACAGGGAUGACAUAAUUAUCCAGGCUCAAGCUAAAGUAACUCAGGCCAUCAAGAAGGCUGAGACAGGUGGCAUCGACUAUGAAAGUCAGCAAGCUUUAAAGAUAGCUCAAAGUACUGUGCACAGUUUGCAGCAACGUAUAAACCAAAAAGAUGAAACAAUCGCCAAAUACAUGAUCCUGUUGAAACAAGGUCGGGAAGACAUGGUGCAAAUGAACCAACGCCAUGAAGAAGAGCUACGAGCCAUGCAACACAAGAUUCAUAUGAACACUGACCUAGCUUUUAGCAAGUUUAAAGAAGCUGCUCGUGAAUUGAUCAACAAACAAUCCAGCUCAAAGACUGUCACUGCUCAGCAGUUGUCCAGACUGAAUGAACUAGAAGAUACUGUGGCGGAACAAGAAAAUACAAUCUCAGCUCUUCAUGAGAAGAUCAAGCAGAAGGAAGAGGAGAUCUUAAAGUUACACGCCAGUCUUUCAAUAUUUAACAGGAAUCUCAAGUCAGAGCAAACAAGAUUGGCUGAACAACAUGGGGAGAUAGUUGGAAAGAAAGAAAGUGAGAUUGAGAUGGUCAGUAGAGAGAAUGAAGAUCUGAGAAAAGAAGUCAAGCUGUUACAGGAUGAGGUGGCAGCCCUCAAAGAUGUGAAUCAGCGAGGACCAACAGCCACCAUGAAAAAUAUGGUUGAAAGACUGAAGAAUCAGUUAGCACUCAAAGAAAAACAACACCAGGCUCUUAGCAAGGCUUUAACUGACCUACGAGCGGAUAUGGUCAGCCAGGCACAGGUGUUGGCCAAUGAUGCAUCGCAAGAGAAAAAUAUUCAGAAAAUUAUCAAUGAACACACUAAACAGAUUUCAGACCAACUUGAGGACCAACAGACUCUUGCUGACAGAUUGAAGAAAGAACUGAAGAAAAAGAAGGAUGAAGAAGGAGCACUACAAACAGAACUUGAAGAUGUCAAAGAAGAAUUAAAUAAGAAAGAAAGAACAAUUGAGAAGCUCAAAGCAUCAAAGGCUCGACUAGAAUCUGAAGUGGAUGAGCUGGAGAAAAAAAUGGAGAAAAUAACAGCUGCUAGAAGUUUGAAAGCUGGUGAGUUUGAAAAGCAACAAGAGCUAGACGACAUGAGGAGAAAAUGUAGAGCCCUGGAGGAUCAACUGAGUCGACAACUAGCAGCGGAGAAGCCUUAUGAGCAAAAAGAAGAGAAAACCAAACAAGAAGAUACCAUCAGAUGGGAGGAAAGCAAGAAAUGGCAGAGGACGAUUGAAAAGAUGAAAGUUAAAAUUAAAGAAAGAGACAAGGAGAUAGAGACAUUGAAUGGGACUGUGAACAGGCUGAAGGCCUUGCUGGAAAGAACCAACAGAGAGAAAGAUAUCCAGGCUCCUCUGAUUCAGAAGACAUCAGCUGUAAGUCUGAGUGCUGCUCCUGGGGGCAAACUAGAUCAUGAGAGAGAGGAUCUCAAGGCAACUAUUUACAAGCUUCAAGAUGAGAUAAGAACUCUCAAACACCAGGCAUUGAUGAGCCAAGAUGCAGCACUGGAAGAAGUACAGAUGAGAAAUCAACAUUUAAGAGAACAACUAGAACAGAUGGAGAGGGCAAUGGCUGCCAGGCCCUCAGAUUCUGGAGUUUCUGCAGCAGAGUAUCAAAAACUGUUUUUGAAGAACCAGGAGCUCCAGAGAGACGUACUACGUCUGAAUGAGGAAAAUAUAGAACUGAGAUUUGAAGUUGAGUCAUCUCGGAAAGAUAUUCCAAGAUUAAAGGAAAGAGUUCAAGACCUUCAGAGUUAUGUUGAAGCUCUGAAAUUUGAAAAUGGCCAACUGACAGGUGACUCCGCUAGGUCUAGUCUGUCUAGCAUUAAAAGAAUUGGUGAGAGUGGCAAAAGUCAGAGAGAACUUGAGAAAACAAUUGCAUUGUUAAAGAAAGUUGUAGAAAGGGUUCAAGCAGAGAACACAGCACUGAAAAAAGCCCCAGGAGUUGUCAGUCAGGAGCAGUUGAACUUACUGAAGAGAGAAAAUGAUGGUUUAAAGAGUCAACUAGAAGAACUACGUCAAACAAUGGGACUUGAACUAAGUGAAAGAUACACUGCACAACAGAAAGGUACGGCCAAGAUGGUGAACGAUUUUGACAAGUUAAGGAAAGAGCUAGCCAAGGAGAAAGAUGACAAUGAAAAGCUCAGAAUGAAGAUCAGAUCUCUAGAAGUUCAAGCUGAACACCAAGAUAAAGAGCUGAGAAGUACCAAGACUAAACUGGAGGUGGAGGCUGUCAAAAAGCCAAGUAUGGCAACUCUAGAUUCUCAAGGCUGGAAGUCUGCUGUACAAACAAGAAUGUAUGAAGAAAAAAUCAAAGGAAUGGAAGCAGACUUGGAGAAAAAGAGUAAACAGCUUCAAGACAACAAAGUUUUAUUGAGAGAUGCAGCAGAGAGAGAACAAGCUUUGCUCAGAGAAAAAGAUGAUUUCUUACAAAAGAUUGCAAUUCUAGAAAGAUUUCCUUCUGGCAGUGGAGCUGUGGAUAGUAACUUGAUGAAAGAUUAUCAACAAAGCAGAGUUCGUGUUGAUCGUUUAGAAAAUGAAAAGAAAGAAUUGUUGAAUGAAUUACGAUUAGCUAGACAGAACCAAUCAGGCUCCGACACGUCACAGAUAAAUGAUGAUGUCCUGACAAAAGCAAGCAACUACGAUAAAAUAAUGAGAGAAAAUAUAGAAAUCCACAUGCAACUCAAGUCAGUGGAGUUAGACAAAGAGAAGCUGAGGAGAGAAGUGGACAAAUUAAAAAAAGAAUUAAAUAAUUUUGGACCAGAGUUUUUUGAAGAAAUUGAAGACUUGAAAUAUAACUACAAACAAAGCUUACAGCACAAUGUUUUGUUAGAGGACAAAUUGAAGCAAGUGGCUCAGCAGUUUGGACUAUCUAUAGAGAUACCGAAAAAGAUUUCUACCAAAUAAUUACAUAACUUCCAACAUAAUUCUUACUCCUUGUUGAUGUUGUAUGGCUCAUUGUAAAUGUAUGUUGUUGUAUGGCUCAUUGUAAAUGUAUGUUGUUGUAUGGCGCAUUGUAAAUGUAUGUUGUUGGAUGGCUCAUUGUAAAUGUAUGUUGCUGUUGGAUGGCUCAUUUGUAAAUGUGUUAAUUUGAAUAUUCUAUAAACCUUUUUGUUAUUAUUAUUAUUAUUAAACCAAAUUUUAUUUCUUGAAAUUAGCUUUUUUUUAUUAAAAAAAACUAACCCUUUUUUUAAGACUGCGUUAAAAUUGUCUAGCAUUUGUAUUGGUUACAUUUCUCAUCUAAGUUCUGGCUGAGCACAUGCCAAUUAGUAGCUCAAUAUAAUGGGUUUUUUUCUUAGUCAUAAUAACCUUUUAUUUUUUUAAAGCAAAGUCUGCUGCAUUAUAGAAAAUUAAAUCCAUAUGGUUUAUAUUUCAAUCCCACUUGUUUUCAUUUGUAUACUGGUAUGUUCCUAUAGCAUUCCAAUUCACAGUUGUAUCAUUUCACCUUUGUUCCUUUAAGUUUACCUGGUGUUAAAAACUAUUGUGUGAAAUCACUCUCAAAUAUUGUUUGGAUGUAACUAUAAAAAAAUAUUUUCUUGUGCUGCAUCAGCUGGUUGUGUUACAUUGAGAGAUAUUACACUACUGACAUAACAGUUCAUUACUUGUAUAUCUGUGAUAAUUUGUAAACUAUAUUAUAAUAUAAGGUAUUCUCUACAAAAUAUUAUAAAUACAAAAUCAAACAAUAUGUAUAACUUAAUGCUUUUUACUAGUCACUUCAUUUCUGUGAAGUCAUGGGUAUACUUCUUUCCUCAUUAUUGUGAAGUUUUUUUGUUUGUUUUUUUGUGUGUAGUGUAUAUAAAUGUUAAUAAUUAUUUGUCUUAUUGUUCAGCUACACAGAAAUUUUGUUUGGAAAGACUGGAGUAAAUAAGUAUAAGAUAAGUAUAGUCCAAUAAAUGAUGGGUUUAUGGAUUUCAUGAAACUUUCUAUUUUUUUAACAAAUGAUUCUGUGUGAUCUCUGUAUGAGAUCAAGAUUUUUUUUUUUGCUGUUGUAUAGUCUUCUCAGUUUGCCAUGGUCCAAUCUCAUUCAUCGACCAUUGAGGAAAAGGGGAUAUCUGGGAGAAAGCUUCAGUGCAGCUUUUAGGGACUCAGCUAACACAAAUAAGCUCAAGUCGGGAUUCGAGCCCUUUGUUGGCUAGCCAAGCCAAGCAUUUGAUGCCCAAUUGUUAAGAAGGAAGUUAUUUCUUCUUUUUUUUUUUUUAA